GGUUCCAUCCGGUUCUCCCACCGCCCCCGCCGCGGGUCCCAGCAGCUCGGGCGGCGGGAGGAGCGGCAGCGGCCAGGCAGCCCAGCUUCGCGAAGGCUCUCGGCGCGCCGCGGCCCGCAGGCACCCGGCACGCGCCCGCCCCGCCGCCACGAUGCCCAAGAGGAAGGUCAGCUCCGCCGAGGGGACGGCGAAGGAGGAGCCCAAGAGGAGAUCGGCGAGGUUGUCAGCUAAACCGGCUCCUGCAAAAGUGGAAACGAAGCCAAAAAAGGCGGCAGGAAAGGAUAAAUCUUCCGACAAAAAAGUGCAAACAAAAGGGAAAAGGGGAGCAAAGGGAAAACAGGCUGAAGUGGCUAACCAAGAGACUAAAGAAGACUUACCUGCAGAAAAUGGAGAAACUAAAAAUGAGGAGAGCCCAGCUUCUGAUGAAGCAGGAGAGAAAGAAGCCAAGUCUGAUUAAUAUCACACACCUGGUCCUAUCAGUGGUCCCUGUUUCCCUUCUUGUACAAUCCAGAGGAAUAUUUUUAUCAACUAUUUUGUAAAUGCAAGUUUUUUAGUAGCUCUAGAAACAUUUUUAAAAAGGAAGGAAUCCCACCUCAUCCCAUUUUUUAAGUGUAAAUGCUUUUUUUUAAGAGGUGAAAUCAUUUGCUGGUUGUUUAUUUUUUGGUACAACCAGAAAAUAGUGGGAUAUUGAAUAUGGGAGGCUUUGAUUGUCUUGGGUGUCAGCUUAACAUUCCACAGAUGGAGGGUAGCUUUUAUAUCCUAUAAUACAAAGCAUACUAAAUGGCAGUUUGGAGUUAGUUGUGCAAUUAAUGUCUUAAACACUUUAAAUUACUUCUCUUCCCGCGUUGUUUUUGGUAGAAUUGUUUCCUAAAGCAAACCACUCACCCCUUGAUCUCGGCUCUCCUGGGCAGAAUUUUGUGCACUCUGUAACAUCUCUGGUCGUGCUCGUCCAGUUCUUCUAGUAACUUCGUUAAUGUGCUGUGAACCACUGACAAUUGGAGUACGUAGUGUAUGUGAUAUUAAAUUGUGAAUUAGUGGGACUUACCGUGUAACAGCAUAUCAAUGUUUGAAGAUAUUGGUACUUGAUAUCCUGUGAAGGAAAAUUUGCCCCCAAAUUUUAAGCUGGAAAGUCACUGGAAUAACUGUUCAGAAAAGAAUCACAACUACAUGAUUUUUUAGGUUUUUGGUACGUAUGUUGAGAAUUGUGUACAAAUUGAAAUGUCUGUGUACUGAUCCUCAAAACAACCAAUAAAAUCUCAAUUAUGAAAGAAUUCCUUGAAGCACAUGAAUUAAGUUGUGGUUUAAAUUUCAUUUUAAAGAAUUUUCACAUUUGUUUUUCCAAAGUCUUAAUAAAAUUUUGGAAGAGUG